UCCUUCUUCCUUGGCUGGCUCCCCUACCACCUCUACUAUGGCUUGAAGCUCUACAAAAAGGAGGAGACAGAGCUUCUCCAGCUCACAGAGCAGGUGGAGGCAGCGCGUGUAGAAGACGCAGAGUUAAGGGGAGUCAACUCAACACACAGGACAGCACAGAUUCACGGACGCUUUGCUGGACAAACACAAACCAUCCAAGUUUCUCUCUGCACUGGGUCCUGCACUGCCCAGCUUCUCCAGCUCACAGACCAAGUGGAGGAGGAGCAUGUAGAAGACACAGAGUUAAGGGAAGUGACCUCAACACACAGGGCAGUACAGACUCACGGACGUUUUCCUGGGCAAACACACACCAGCCGAGUCUCUCUCUGCCCUGGGUCCCGCACUACGCAGGGCACCAUGGACCAAGGCAACACGACGCUCUUGCCCAUAAACUGGACAAACUCCAGCCAGCCUCCAGCAUCCAUGAAGAGCGCUAACCUGGCCAUUGCUGUGUUGCUCUUUGCCAUCUUCCUAGUGGGUGUGGUGGGGAAUGGGCUUUUCCUGUGGGUGCUGGGGCUGAAGAUGAGGAGGACGGUGACCACCCUCUGGUUCCUCCACCUGGUCUCCUGUUCUCUCCUCUUUACCCUGAUGCUCCCUUUCUUCACUGUCCACAUUCUCCUUGGUUUCCACUGGGUCUUCGGAACAGCCAUGUGCAAGAUCCUCAGUUCCUGCACCUACCUGGGCAUGUUCUCCUCUGUCUUCCUCCUUGCCCUCAUCAGCCUGGACCGCUACACUCUGACCUGCUGUCCCGUCUGGUCCCGGCGUCACCGCACCAUGUCCUGGGUCAGGAAGCUGGUCAUGGGUGUGUGGCUGGCCUCCUUCACCCUUAGUGCUCCCUACCUGUUUUUCCAGGAGACCUGGGAGGUGGAGGGAGACAGGGUCAUUUGCACCAGUUAUUACAUCCUCUCCAGAGACCAGGGCAGAGCUGAGGUGCAGGCCUGGAGGAUACACGCGUACGUUGUGCUGUUCGUGAUCCGGUUCCUGCUGGGCUUCUUGCUGCCCUUCUGCAUCAUCGCGGUGUGCUACAGCCGGAUGGGGCUGGAGAUGAAGGAGAAAGGGCUGGCACGGAGCAGCAAGCCCUUCAAAGUCAUGGUGGCUGCGGUGGUGUCAUUCUUCUUUGGCUGGCUGCCCUACCACCUCUACCAGAGCUUGACACUCAUCAGAGAUGUGCCACAGUCAUUGACUGAUGCCUUCCUGCUCAUGAGCAUCAUCACGUUCUGCUUCAACGGCUGCUUCACUCCAGUCCUCUACCUCUUUGUGGGGCAGGCGUUCCAUCAGGUGCUCAGGACGUCCCUCUUCGUUCAGGUCAAAGCGGCUUUUCAUGAGGAUCUAAGUAGUGAUGUGUCUGGACCAGAUUCUAGAGGGAGAACAGGCGAGAAACUAACUGCAUGGAAGUAGAGUUAAAACUUGAACUCCUGCAAAAUCUAGAUACCUGUUACUUUAAAACGGAUUGGUUCUAGGUAUCUCAAUGUGUCCUUACUGAAUAGAGUUUCUUUGGGUCUAGAUUCACAGCUGGCUCUAGAUUCUCAUGUGUUCUAUGUCUCUUGGCAUGUUAUAAUUAAGGCUCCAAGUCUGUCACAGAGGUCAUGGAUUCUGUGACUCUCUGUGACCUCCAUGACUUCUGCAGCCGCUGGUGCUGGCUCUGGGGCUGCCUGAGCCGGGCAUCCCCAGGGCCAGCAGUAGCAGUUUGGAUGUGUGGGAUGGGGCUCAGGACUAGGGGAAGAAGUAGGGUGUGUGGGAGGGGAGGUACUUCCUUUGGGAUGGGGCCUUCCUGGCUCCCACUGGCGUGGCCCUGCUGCUCCUAGUCAGAGGAGAGGCCAGGGGGCUCUGCGCACUGCCUGCACCUGCAGACUCCACCCCUGGAACUCCCACUGGCUGUGGAUCCUGGCCAAUGGGAGCUGCGGAGCCAUGAUUGUGGUGGGAGCAGCGUGCAGAGCCCCUAACCCUCCUCCACCUAGGUGCUGCAGCACCCCCAGCACAAUCAGGGGUCUCGGGCCACGUGCUGCAGCCCGCCCCACCGCCGGCACCAGCAGGAUGCAGGCCACCUCACCCAGCACCUGCAGCACCACCAGAACACCCCUGCAAGAGCACCUGUGGCCCCCUGCCCAAGCUUUAGUUAGGGGUAUAUAGUAAAAGUCAUGGAUAGGUCAUAGGCCAUGAAUAUUUGUUUACUGUCUGUGACCUGUCCAUGACUUUUACUAAAAAUACCCAUGACUAAAACGUAGCCUUAAUUAUAACCCCCUAGGGUCCAGAGGGUUCUAGAUUCCUGUUUGGUUCUAGAACUCUAUAGCUGUCAUGGGUAUAAAUAAUGUAAAACUCCAUAUGAUCCCAUGAAUUUUAUACUAGGCUGACUCUGGAACUGUGUGUGGU